AUGAGUCGUUUAGUGAUCGUGGCGUCGAUGGGGGGCCGACUGGCCUCCGACAACCUGUCGGCCUACUGUUCAUCAAAGGCGGCCAUUAUAUCGGUGGCCACAGUAUUGCGGCGAGAGAUGGCCAAGUUUGGGGUCCGGGUGUCCACUAUUGAACCGGCAUUUUUCAAAACCGGUGUCUACUAUGCAGUCAUACCGUCGUUUGAACACAACUGGGCCAACACACCCGACCCCAUACGCCAGGUCUACGGUAACCAGUAUUUCGCCGAUCAGUUGGCGGCGUUGAAACGGCGCCGCCGGUUGUCCUUUGGGUCUAAGAAUUUGGGAACAGUUGUCGACGCUAUGGUCGAUGCGGUCCGCAGUCGGAGCCCUAAUAAAACUUAUAGUCCGGUUAAUGUGUGGCCAUUUAAAGUGGUGCCACUGGUGUUGCCAUAUAUACCCCAAUGGGUACUGGAUUUAGGUUUCCGUGAAUUGGAUUCAACGAAACCGGCGUUUGUAUCACAGAAAGCGAAAUAA